GACAUUCUUGACGAUGCUUGGCCAGCUCGUCUCUGCGUACAACCUCUAGACGCAUGCAUACCUGGUAUGCAUCUUCAUCAUUUACUACCUCCUAUCACGUUCCUCGGCCGAAUAGCAAACAACGUAUAUAUAUAACAUGUACUCACAACAUACCGUGUCAAACAAUCGCUCCAAUCAUGCCCACAGACUGGCUGUGCUUCUCAAACACAACAUCUUCAACUCUAUUCUUACCCUUAGCACCUGGCUAGUACUUGGAUGUCUCUCAAAGAUCUUGGACUAUCCCACCCUUUGCAAAGUACUGCCACGACGUAACUUUGCCUUGUUGUACGUGCCGUAUUACCAAGCUUUCAUCUGCCGCAUCCCCCCUUUGUAUCAUCUUCACACCCUCAUACAGCAUCCAGCUAUGCCUUGCCUCCAGUCCUCCCGGCGAUAUCAGAUGCAACUAUCCCUUGCCAUUCUAGCUGCACUACCAGAAAGCGACAAGAACCCAAAGAGCCAGAGAAGGGGGCAGAGAGGUGAUCUUCAUGUUACCCCCUCAAUCUUCAUGUUACCCUUUCAUGUCGUCGCAUCAUUGCACAGCUUCUCGUAAGGUACAGGGUUUCUUUGACACCUCGCAUCCUGUUGUUGGAUUCAUGCUGGGCAAUCCUCCCUUUAUAUAGACACAUCCCCCCUCCUGCUCUGGCUGCCUGCCCCCUCUUUCAAUCGAGACAGU